CCUGCGCAGUGCGGCGCGCUGGGAGGGGCGCCCGGGCUGGGCUGGCUGCGGGGAGCGGGAGGGAGCCCUGCUGAUCUGUCAGUGCUGUCGUGGGGGCCGCGGAAACUUGCGUCCCUGGCGCGUCCCUCUUCUCUUCCGGCGGAGAGCUUGGGAUGUGGUAAUGUCAACCAGACUUCUCAGAGCCCUGGCUGGAUCUCACUGUAUUUUAUCAAAAGCACGUCAGUGCCAAAGAUUUGUUCCUCGAACGGUAAAACCACUCAAGGAAUUUGAGACUGCGUGUGGCACCCUGACAAGAAGUCAGAACUUGGAUUUGUUCUUUCCUGGUACAGCAGCUGAUGGUUUGAACCAGUCCCAGAUCCUGGAAAUGAACCAGAAAACAUCAAGUACAAGCGUACACUGUCCAUUAAACGCUGUGCAUCGCCGGCAUGGAAAAGCACACCUUCCAACCAGCAAGUCUUUUGGUACUCACAGGAAAGUGACUCACAAACCAAACCUCUUAGGUUCUAAGUGGUUUAUAAAAAUAUUAGAGAGGCAUUACUCAUCUGUAUCAACGGAAACACUUGUUCCUAAACAAGAUUUUCCGCAAAUCAAGAGACCACUAAAAGCAUCGCGGACCAGGCAGCCCUCCAGGACCAACCUCCCAGUUCUCUCUGUGAACGAGGACCUGAUGCACUGCACAGCAUUUGCAACAGCGGAUGAGUAUCAUCUUGGAAAUCUCUCUCAAGACCUGGCCUCCCAUGGAUAUGUUGAAGUGACAAGCUUGCCUAGAGAUGCAGCAAAUAUUUUGGUGAUGGGUGUGGAAAAUUCUGCCAAAGAAGGUGAUCCUGGAACCAUAUUCUUCUUCAGAGAAGGAGCUGCUGUGUUUUGGAACGUGAAAGACAAAACUAUGAAGCAUGUGAUGCAAGUUCUAGAAAAACAUGAAAUUCAGCCAUAUGAAAUCGCCCUGGUACACUGGGAGAACGAAGAGCUUAACUACAUAAAAACAGAGGGGCAGUCCAAACUCCACCGAGGGGAGAUCAGGCUAAAUUCAGAGCUAGACUUAGACGACGCCAUUCUAGAGAAAUUUGCUUUCUCAAACGCUCUCUGCCUUUCAGUGAAACUGGCUAUUUGGGAAGCAUCACUGGAUAAAUUUGUGGAAUCUAUUCAGUCGAUUCCAGAGGCUUUAAAAGCUGGGAAGAAAGUGAAACUCUCUCAUGAAGAAGUUAUGCAGAAAAUGGGUGAACUCUUUGCCCUCAGACACCGUAUAAACUUGAGUUCAGACUUCUUGAUCACGCCUGAUUUCUACUGGGACAGAGAAAACCUGGAAGAGCUUUAUGAUAAGACUUGUCAGUUCCUUAGCAUUGCUCGUAGAGUUAAGGUCAUGAAUGAAAAACUCCAGCACUGCAUGGAGCUGACGGAUCUGAUGCGCAGUCACCUGACUGAGAAGAGGGCGCUCCGCUUGGAGUGGAUGAUCGUCAUCCUCAUCACCAUCGAGGUAAUGUUUGAGCUGGGACGAGUAUUUUUUCUGAUCAAGUGACCAAAGAAAAAGUACCACUGCGAGACAGAAUCACGUUCUACAAUCAAAAUAAAUGCCCACUGUUGGGGGAUCGCUUAUUUAAUAGGUAUUUAAUUUUUUAAAAUCAAGUUGUUAUAACAAUCUUUUUCAGCUCCUAAAUGUAUUGCUGCUUGAAUAAAAAUUAUGAACAAC